AUGUGGCUCUUCACAGCUCUGCUCCUUUGGGCAGACCCCACAAAGGCAGUGAUCACCUUGCAGCCUCCAUGGGUCAGUGUAUUCCAAGAUGAAAAUGUAACCUUAUGGUGUGAGGGACCCCAUCUGCCUGAGAACAGCUCUACACAGUGGUUUCUCAAUGGCACAACCAUUCAGAUCUUGACUCCCAGAUACAGAAUCGCUGCUACUAGCGUCAAUGAUGGUGGUGAAUACAGAUGCCAGACAGGUCUCUCAGUGCCAAGUGACCCUAUACAGCUGGAAAUCCACAGAGAUUGGCUACUACUCCAGGUCUCUAACAGAGUCUUCAUUGAAGGGGAACCUCUGGCCUUGAGGUGUCAUGGAUGGAAGAAUAAGCGGGUGUACAAUAUACUUUUCUAUCAAGAUGGCAAAGCCUUUAAAUUUUCUCCUUGGAAUUCUGAAUUCACCAUUCGGAAAACCAACGUGAGUCACAAUGGCAUCUAUCACUGCUCAGGCCUGGGAUUGCAUCGCUACACAUCAGCAGGAGUACCUAUCACUGUAAAAGAGCUAUUUCCAGCCCCAGUGCUGAAAGUAUCCUCAUCAUUACCGAUCCUGGAGGGGAAUCUGGUCAACCUGAGUUGUGAAACCAAGUUGCUCCUACAGAGGCCUGGUUUGCAGCUUUACUUCUCCUUCUAUGUGGACAGAAAGAUCCUGAUGAGCAGGAACACAUCCUCUGAAUACCAGAUACUAACUGCUAAAAGAGAAGAUUCUGGGCUAUACCAGUGUGAGGCUACCACAGAAGAUGGAAAUGUCAUCAAGCACAGCCCUGAGUUGGAGCUUCAAGUUCUUGGUGGGUGAGAAUGAUGGGAAUUGACUGGCACAAGAGAGGAUGCUCCCUUUUCUCCUAUGGGACUGAGGGCUCCGGUCACCAACUUCUGUCUGGUUUCAUGUCCUUUUCCAUCUGGCAAUGGGAGUAAUAUUUUUGGUGGACACUGUUUUCUAUGUGAUAAUACGUAAGGAACUUCAAAGAAAGAAAAAGUGGAAUUUAGAAAUCUCUUUGGACUCUGGUCAUGAGAAGGCGGUAUCUUCCUACCUUUAAAAAGA